AUGGCGAGCUACGCAGGCAUUUUCGACCUGCCCCUCGACAUGUUCAACGACCUGAUGUCCGAUCUGGACUACGAGUCCAUCCUUGCCUUCCGCCAGACGUCUCGGUUGGCAGCGGCCCUUGUGCCGCUAAACCACAUCAUCCAGCUCCGACAGUCUAUCCGAGCCUCUCUGCUCGCCGAGGAGCGCGCCGACUACCAGCGCCGACAGGUGGCAUAUGCCAACCAACGUCGCUGGGCGACUGCAUUCCCUCAGUCAGUCCAGGCCGGCCUCCAGCCCCAAGCACAUGGUGCGGCAAACACCGCCGCGCCGAACAGCUCGGUGAACAACAUUCACCGCAACCGCAUCAUGAGGGCGGAGCGGCUGAACUGUUACGCCUGCCUGAAGCAUCUGCCACGAGAGUGCUUCGUGGAGGGUCAGGUCACGGGGAGGAGGAGCCUCGGUCACAACGACGCUGGCCGACGGUUCUGCAAGGUCUGUGGCGUCAACAAGGGGAUCUGGGACAAGGGGACCGUGAUCCAGGACGGCAGAUGCACCUUGGUCCUCUGCAGGACAUGCAACGCCCUGGACAGAGUCGAAGCUGGAUCCAAGAGGGAGGGCGUCUGUUCGACGUGCAAAUCCGCCGCGCAGGAGGAUUCGCUCAAGAACGAGCUGCAGGGCGUCGGCGAGUCCAGCACAUCACAGCCGACGACAAAGCAGCCAGCCAGCACGCAGCCGAGCAGUCGAGCGACUCGGUGCCUGCGCUGCUGGGCCACCAAUCACACCGAAGUGCCAGCCGGGUCAACAGGUUCGCGUCUUUGCCCCUCGUGUGAAGCUGCUGUUGGAUUGGCAAAGAUGGCGCUGUAA